AUGACUCCUUCGAACGGUUUAAUUAUAAUAAUUAUAGUUACACUGGGUUUUGAGGCACAAGCCGCUCUUUACAGAUUUGUACCGGAAUAUCCUGAAUUAUCCAUUCAUUGCACCAAUAAGCCAGGAACGGUCGGUAUUGAUCAUUUUGCAGAUCUAAGUGAAUGGAUUGUUUCUCACGAUGAUGAAGGAAUACAUUGUAGUGGGACUUUUAAAAUGAUUUGGGAUAUAAAGACGGGUGAUCGAGUCACGAUGGAUGCGGAGCUGCAAAAAUUUUUUCGCGGUGGUUGGAUACAAACUCCUUUCUCGGUACGAGUACUGGACUUUUGUAAAGAAAUGGAAAUGACUGACUCAUACAUCUACGAGCUAUGGUCGCGACACGUUUUUCCGGAGGACCUUCAAUGUUUCGGAAAGGGUAUAAAAUAUCGUCACAACCCCUUCACAGCCAAAGCUGAUGGACAGGCGCUUGUUAACAUGGAAGGACGAUACAAGGUCGUUGCAUUUUUUCGAGCAUACGACGAACACAAUCGCUUGAGACCCGAAAUUAUCUGUCUGGAAGUUCCAGGCGAUAUUAUUAAAAUUUAA